AGGCGCGGGCGUCCCAGCGCGGGCCGGCGAGAUGCUGCCAUGUGGGGAAAGAUCCAGAGGCCCCUGGAGGUCCCGUGUUAGGGUUAUGGGGUGCCCCCAGCCGGGCGCAGCAGUAUGAAAAAGCCCCUUCCUCCAAGGACCCUGCUUUCCCUAGGGUUUCCACCUGGAAACUGAGAUUGUUGGAGCAGGACUACUGAGCAAAAACAGGCAUUGCGUCUUCAGCUGUCAUUGAUUUUGCCAUCACAUUGGAGAAGUCUACCUUGAAGAAACUUCCAGCCUGCAGAGAGGUGGUGAGAUACGUAAGCUCACAUAGUCAACGUCAUGGGCUUCAACUUGACUUUCCACCUUUCCUACAGAGUCCGAUUACUGUUGCUUUUUACCUUGUGCCUGACGGUGGUUGGGUGGGCCACCAGUAACUACUUCGUGGAUGCUAUUCUAGAGAUUCCUAAAGCAACUGAUUUCAUGGCUAAUUUCAACAAGGCCACAGUUUUGGAGAAAGAAGAAACUCUGACUGAUAAAGCACCUGUGAAAAAAGCAGACGUCAAAAACUGUCCUUCUAUGUCCCCAUACCUCAUCGGCCGGAGCAAGCUCGUUUUCAAAGCAGAUCUCACUUUGGAAGAAGUACAGGCAGAAAAUCCCAGAGUGCACCGGGGCCGCUAUCACCCUGAGGAGUGCAAGGCUUCGCAGCGGGUCGCCAUCCUCAUCCCACACCGCAACAGAGAGAAACACCUGCUGUACCUGCUAGAGCAUCUCCAUCCCUUCCUGCAGAGGCAGCAGAUGGAUUAUGGCAUCUAUGUCAUCCACCAGGCUGGAAGUAAAAAGUUUAAUCGAGCCAAACUCCUGAAUGUGGGCUACCUAGAAGCUCUCAAGGAAGAAAAUUGGGACUGUUUUAUAUUCCAUGAUGUGGACCUGGUGCCCGAGCAUGACUUUAACCUUUACAAGUGUGAGAAUCAGCCAAAGCACCUGGUGGUUGGCAGGAACAGCACGGGGUACAGGUUACGUUACAAAGGAUAUUUUGGGGGUGUUACUGCCCUAACCAGAGAGCAGUUUUUCAAGGUGAAUGGAUUCUCUAACAACUACUGGGGAUGGGGAGGCGAAGACGAUGACCUCAGACUCAGGGUUGAGCUCCAUAGAAUGAAAAUAUUCCGGCCAGCACCUGAAGUAGGCAAAUAUACAAUGGUUUUCCAUAAUAGAGACAGAGGCAAUGAGGUGAACAUAGAAAGGAUGAAGCUCUUACAUCAGGUGUCACGAGUUUGGAAAACAGAUGGCUUGUCUAGUUGUUCUUAUAAAUUACUGUCUGUGGAACACAAACCUUUGUAUAUCAACAUCACGGUGGAUUUCUGGUCUAGUCCAUGAUGUAGGCUCUUUUGAUGAUGUUCAGAAGAACUAACUAUUUGAUUGCAAUAAUUCUGCCCUAGAGACUUCCCCAAGUAGCACCCAUUAAGAACUUGCCGCAGCUAGUUUUUGGGCUGAAUUUCCCUUUUGGCAUUUCUUAGUACAGCUCUUGGUGAUACAGAAUGUGAAAUAAUUGUAACAAGACGGCUCUCUUUAGUUGUUUUCAUCAUGAGGGUUAUAUAUUGUAGUAUAGAUACUUGAAGAACUAAACAUAAAAGGACUACUCAAAGGAUGUAAUGAAGUCUACUUGAGAACUCUGGUUGAAGGAGAUUUGUUUACAUUUUAAGUGACACAUUAUGGGAUAAAAGACCUGAGGAAAUAACAUGGCUUAAUGUCCCAGAGAACCAAAAUUGUUUUUGUCUGAGAUAGAAAGGUACGAAGACACAUUUCUGUUACUUGUUUAUCCUGCAUGGUACCUGGUAGGUCCUGGGUGAGAAGAAGACCACAGAGGAGGAGAGGAAAGGUGAAGAAUUGAGGUGCAGUGAACUUGGCGAUGGAGAGGUAGCAGUGGUUGUGCUGGCUGCUGCCACCGUAACUGUGCAGUGGGUGUCACCCCUCCAGAUAUGCCUUCUAGUACGAACCCAGCAGAGAAUACAUUAUCUACUAGUUUUUUAAGCAUUUUUGUAAAAUGAUUUUGUACAUGUAGGAUAUGAAUUAGCACUUUACAAAUUACGUAUUAACUAAAAAUACACCUCAAGUACCUCUGUAAUAAAAUAUGAAAAAGC